CUGGUUUGCUGAUCAGUAUCAGUUUGCAUUCCUCGGGCUUGGACUUGUGUUCUUUGCAUACUUUAGUGAUCCUCAAAUUUUAGACGAACUGGUUGUUAUCAAACACCUCUAGAAGUUCAUGUAGGAUCUUUGGGAUUGCCUCUGGUGGAGGAAGGACGCCCUCAAGCAUGGGGUAUAUACUAAAGCUACAUGUAAUUGCAGCCAUCGUUGUAAUAGUGAAUGGAGUUCAGACAGUCAGUGUAUCAGACACACCUGCAUGUCAAGAAGAUUCUACUGGAGUGAACUACAGGGGAAACCUAUCUCAGACAAUCAACGGUCAUAAUUGUCAAGCAUGGACCUCUCAGGAUCCCCACCAACACGUUUAUACUCCAGCUGACUUUCCUAACGCGGGACUAGACGACAACUAUUGCAGGAGCCCAGAUAAUGAUGACACUGCUUGGUGUUACACCACCAAUCAUGGGAUAAUAUGGGAGUAUUGUGAUGUAGGUUUCCUCGACCCAAGAUGCAAAGCAUUACAUGACGUAAAUGACGUCUGUCUUCAUAUAACCACGAUGUCAUGUCCUUUGAUCACCUUGGAGAGCGGUGAGACUGUACAAUUGAUCCCAAAACCCAUGCAAUCCGAUCUAGACUGGUUAAUAUCCGACCUCCCAGCAGACCUCCAGAUUCCUGAUGAUGUCCAGCGUUACUAUUGCACCGAACCAGACAUAUGCAAGACACUUUGAUGCUGCUACACAUGUGACCACACUGUUUCCAGUGCCAGUAACAGCACGGUACGUCAGGUUUCAUCCUUUAGCAUCAUUUGAUGAUACGUCUUUGAGAUUCGAAGUACUUGGUAUCAACACCUGAACAAUAACGAAUUAUCGUUGAAUUGAUUUAUUGAUUUAUUUAAUCAUUUUGUUAUCCUUGUUUAUAAUUAUUUAUCUAUUUAUAUAUUAAAGAGAGUGUAGCAUGGCAAACAAUUGUUAACGCCAUCUACGUCUUCUUUCGAAUUACUGCACGUAAAAGAAUGGACUUCGUAGUCAGCGACCUAAUCUCUACUUGGUCAGCGCGCGCUAGCGUUUGCGAAACAGACCGAGUUUCUCCUUUGCGCUUGGUUUCGCGUAUGUUGCACGCACGUGAAUGCUGCGGUCGCGUCGUCCGUAUUCGUUUUAUACACGA